AAUGAGUGCUGUGCCUUAUGAGAAGAUUUGUGAAUUAUCAAGUCCACUGUAUUUCCCUUUAGAGAUUGAUGGAGCUAUAUAUAUGGUUUCAUAAAAUGGUGAUAUUUUAAAAUUCAAGGAUGGAUAAUUUAAGGUAAUGUAUAUAAAUUGAAUUUAGGCUGAAUUUCAUAUAUCAGGAUAACCAUAUUCAAUUGUGAUUGAUAAACCUAACAAAUUUAUAUAUGUGGCUGAUAUGGCUCAUUAAGCAAUUUUAAAGAGAUAUAUUGAUGAGAACAGUUAAGAAUAAAUUGUAGAAUUUUUGAAAGAAUAUGAAGGAUAACCCUUAUUAGGACCUAAUUCAUUAUUAUUGUCAACCAAAAAUAGUAAUUAUUAGUAUAAUUAGAUUUGUUAUUCUUUACUGAUUCUGGACCAUUUGGUGAAACUUCAAUAGAAAAUUGUAAAGGAUCUCUAUUUGCUAUAGAUAUGGAUGCUUAAAUUGUUAAACCCUUAGCAUUAUAAUGUUUAGCAUAUCCAAGUGGUAUAUGUUUAAGCAAUAAUUAAAAAUUAUUAUAUUUGUGUGAAACAGGAAAAAAUAGAGUAUUACGUUUUGUUUAAACAGAUGCAGGUAUAUUUUAUUAUAGGUACUAAAUUAUUUAUAAAUUCAAUUAGCACCUAUAUAUAAUUAAAUGGUAGAUUUGGUCCAAUUGCUUGUGCAGUAUCAUAAUCAGAACAUUUAUAUGUAGCUAGAUUUGAAUUUGGAUAUGUUUCUGAAGAAGGAUAAAUAAGCAUAUUUAAUGCAAAUGGAAUUAAUGUGGAGAAUGUAUCUAUUCCCCAAUGUCCUGAAAUAUCAGGAUUAACAUUUUCAAGGUAUGAAUUUAAAUUAAUUAUAUAGCUAAAAAUCGAAUAUUCUUUAUGUUACUGAGAAUUCAUCAACACCAAGUUGUUUACGUAUUUUGAUUAAUAUUGAAGAAAAGGAUGAAGCAAAGAAAAAGGAAAAAGAUAAAUUUAAAUGA